CACUAGCCUGCACCAUGACCACGGACGUAACACAUGAGAACGAAUUGUGUCAAGUUUCUCACCGCUGUCAUUUGGCGAACUCACGUUAUCCACCGUGUCGGAUUUAUUUUUUAGCUGACUUUUAAGUGGUUUAUUCAGUUUGUAAUCGAAAGGUAUGGCGGAUACGACCGUAGACGCGACACGUCGUUUAAACGUUAAAAAACAAACCCUGGACGACGCUUAUGCAGCGCCUGCAAAUUUCCUCGAGAUUGACGUGAUUAAUCCAAUCACACACGGCGUCGGCAAGAAACGGUAUACCGAUUACGAAGUUCGCAUGAGGACAAAUCUCCCAGUUUUCAAAGUGAAAGAUUCAACAGUAAGAAGGAGAUAUAGCGAUUUUGAAUGGCUCAGGAAUGAACUAGAAAGAGAUAGCAAGAUUGUAGUGCCUCCAUUACCUGGAAAGGCUUGGAAACGCCAAAUGCCUUUUCGAGGAGAUGAUGGUAUUUUUGAAGAUGAGUUUAUUGAAGACAGAAGGAAAGGCUUAGAAGAAUUUGUUAAUAAAAUAGCAGGCCACCCAUUAGCACAAAAUGAACGAUGUUUGCAUAUGUUUCUGCAAGAACCUGUAAUAGACAAGAACUACGUACCUGGAAAAAUACGUAAUACAUAAGUUACAAUAAGACUUAUCGCAAGUAUAUUUUCCUCCCCACCUUCGAUAUUACAGUCAUAUUUGAGUGUGUUAAAAAUUUAUUCUAAAGUUUUUAUCAGAUCCUUCCGUAUUUAUGCAAUAUUUAAUCGAGCUUUCAAUACUGUGAUGUCAAAUUACAAUACUUAUUUGUGAAAGUAUUUAUGUUUAAAAUUAAACAUUUGGAAGGAUCUUCUUACUAAGCAUCAUUAUUAGUCACUGCAAAAUAUAAUAAAAUUUUUUCAUUUGUUUUGUUUAAAGGUAUUAUAAUAGUACUGGUUUUUUAUGCAAAAAUUUAUAAUUUGACAUUUAUCACUUUCAGAGUUUGCAGAGUAACAAUUGUAUACAACAGUUCAAUUAAUAUAUAAAUAUAUGAAAUUUAUAAAUUUCAAAAUAUGGCUUACAAACGAAAUAUCAAGAUGAAAACUAUUACAAGUUGUUCAGUAGAAAAAUAAUAAGUAACUCUUCUGCAUUUUUGAAGUAGUUAGAAUAAAAUUGUUUAUAUAUUUGUAGUGUCAUCAUAGGAAUAUAUUUUGACAUCUAAAAAAAAUAUAAAGUAAAAACUUCAUCUUUCGCUAUACAGUUUUUUACUGGAUAACUUGUAAAUAGCAUAAAGAUUUAUUUGUAAACAGUGCUAUUGCAAAUAGGUAAAUAAGAUAAAUCCAGUUAUAAAUGGAGGUAAAUCUUUUGAAAAUUGUUUAUAAUUUGAUAUUCUCUACACGAAGAAAUGUUAAAAGUAUAAAAUUUACUGAUCAUAAUUCUUUGUUUAUUAAUGAUAAAGCAUAUAUAACUAAGGCGUUUUGAAUCUCCUUGUUAUAUACUUCUUGUUUCAUUGUGAGAAUAGGAUACAAGGAUAAGAUUGCUAUUGUACUGAAAUCAACAGUAAAAUUAAUAACUUGUACGUUGUGUUUUUAUAUUCUUUAAAUUUAUAUUAUAAGCAUCACUUCAAAGGUUCAUAAUUAUCAAAGGGACUGUGUACAGGGCAUAGAUUAAACUGUUUUACCGUU